UGUACCGUAUGACGAGGGACAAUAACAACUGUCAGAAACCUCUUUCAUUUAACAUGGGGAUCGCAAAGUUGGCAAAAUUAAUUCGUUCUGAUGCGCCAACGUCUGUGCGCAACAAAGAGAUCGGCGAUUAUUCUGGGAAGAUUAUUGCACUGGAUACAUCUAUUGUGUUGAAUCAGUUUCGCUCAGCUGUCCCUGGCCACCUGAAGCUAAGCCCUCUCACAGGCCUGUUUUACCGCACACUUACUUUCCUGGAGCAUGACAUUAAACCUGUCUUUGUAUUUGAUGGCAGGCCUCCCAAAGAAAAGAGAGCUGUGCUGGAGAAAAGAGCUCAAAGCACAGGCUGGAGCAGCUCACUGAGUUCAAACACAGUGUCCUGCUUUACACAAGAAUGCCAACAUCUUCUACUCCUCAUGGGUGUACCAUGUAUCAGGGCUCCAGGUGAAGCAGAGGCACUCUGUGCCCACUUGGUUAAAAGUGGCGCAGUUAAUGCUGUAGCCUCAGAGGACAUGGACACACUAGCUUUUGGUGGAACUGUUCUUCUACGCCAGCUCAAUGCAAAGAAAGACAGUGAGGUGUCAGAGUACUCCUUGCCAAAGCUAUUGGAAGCUUUACAGCUGACACAUAAAGAGUUUGUUGACCUAUGUAUCUUAUUGGGCUGUGACUACUGUGAUAAGAUUGUGGGCCUCGGGCCAAGUCGAGCACUAAAGCUUAUAAAGGAGCAUCAUACAAUAGAGGUUGUGAUGGAACACGUCAACAAAAAGACACACCCUAUCCCUUCUAACUGGGAUUACAAGGCUGCCCGCAAGCUGUUUUUUGAAAAGCCACAAAUUGAUGCCCCUGUACUGGCUUGGAAUGAGCCUGAUGAAGAGGGCCUGGUGCAGUUUCUAUGCCGGGAGAAACCUUUGAAGGAAAUAAAAGUGCGGGGACGCAUUCAGAAGUUUCGUGAGUCUCUCUUAAAGAGAAGGAAAAAGAGGGAGGUGGAUGACAAGAUGGGGCCAACUAGACAGUCACGUCUUGAGGAAUUUUUCCCUGCAACACGGAGGAGAAAGGCAGAAUCUACAGUUGUUGGAAGAUCUGGUGGCACAAAACGAUCAAAGACUAAAUAAAACACAGUGUUGGUUGAACCAUGUCUUCAACCGAACAGUCAGAAUAUCUGGCAUAUCUGAUGAUGAAGAUAAAGCAUGGAUAACUUUCUCUACUGAAUAUUUCAAUUUUUUCCAAAAAGCAACAUAACAUAUAACCAGUGCCAAGAGAAAAUAUAUUUUACAUUUUUGUUUGUAUCAUGCAAAAAAUACUUUCAUGUUUGGUAACCUGAAGUAGAUUACAGUAAACUUUUUAAACUACACUGUGCCUCAUGUUUUCUUAAUGUCAUACAAUACUAGUAUGUGUUGCUCCUGUUUGUGUGGCUCCAUAUGUAAUUGCUUAUAUAGAGUAAAUGCUAUGUAUCAGGGGAUGCACAGACUAGUCGACUACAACUAAGUAGUUGAUAGGGGUCAGAUAAUUUUUUUUCAUUGGCUUUUUGAUGAGGGGGGGGCUCCACUAAGGUCCUCUAGACCUGCUCUAGUGUAGCCUACUCAUUGGAGGCCAAGGGAGGAAGGGACCCAGACCAAAGGUCCUUUCAAGGCAAGUCAGUCCACUCAGAGGCCAUCUUGGAAACACUCACAUGAAGCUAUUUUUAUGGAUAUAAGCGGCAUGAAAAUACAGUUCUUAUUGACAGUACAUGAAUGGGGAAAGUCUGAAAUGUCCAAAACUGCCUCUCCCCUCACAUAAAAACUAACAUGGUAUCAAAAUAAGUAUUAUCAUCUAUUGUUUUUGUUAGGGUCUCAUGCUCCUGAUCAUAAUUGGGUGUGCUUUCAGCUUUGGGCACUUUUAGCACUGUGAACUUCCAGAUAUUUAAUACUCUAACUAGUUUAAUUUUUCAACUAAUAAUUAUAUUCAACAGUAUAUAAAGUAUAUGUGUAACAGCAUAAAUAUGUCAUUUCUGGAAAUUACAUUUGAAACUUUUUUAUAUAAAAUGUUGUUAUAGGUGCACUCAUAAAUUUUUUGCAGUAUGUCGUGGCCUGGAUUUUGCACCAUUCAAAAACAGUAGUUUUCAGUUACAGGUGCCAUUGUAGAAAUUCACUAUGCACAGUAAACCAGGAUUAAUUCCAUGAAUAAAAGUGUCCAAUAACAGGGCAGUUUCUGAGAUUAAACCAGUAAUAUUCAACUGGUCAUGUGAUGCUAACAUGGCUGUCCCUGCUCCAUGUAGAAUAAAAUAGCUUUUAUAUGGUAACUGAUAUGACUGAACUCUUCAUCUCACAGAGUGAUCUUGCUUUUGUACAUGUUUUAAAAUGAAUAUUAAUUCCUUUAGAAGUAAAGCUUUUUAAAUGAGGAACAAAAAUUGUGAGUGCACCUUUUAGGCUAACAUCAUUGCUAACAUUUUAUGUAUCCUAAAUACACACAAUUAAAUAAUAUGUUCACACUUUUUGCAUCAUUUGGCAAAAAUUACAGCUUUAUUGGAA